AUGCUCUUUGCCGUCUUACAAGUCUUUGUCCUCAUGGCUCUAUCCGCAGCCGCGGCUAGCACACCGGUCGCGGGUUUAUAUCCACGUUUACCUAUUGUUACUAGCGUAAGCUUUGAGAGUUUGGUAGAAGAUGAACGUGCGUAUAAGGACGGAAGUAUGUCAGAAGAAAGAGCGAGAGAGGAAGUAACCAAGAACGAACGUUACAAUAAGGUCGGCAAAGAGAGGGGCGGGUUGACACCUGGAGAUGGGCAGGCUUCUAGCGCUACAACCCUGGGAACCGUAUCACUCGGGGGUAUUGUUGCUGUGGGGGUUGGACUUAAUCUCAUCUACUGA